ACGAUCCCCGCAGCAAGCCCGCGCCGACCGCCCCGCCCAUGCGCCAUGGCGACGACGAUGGAAGCGACGCCGACGACUACCCUGCUCGACAUGAUGGACAGCAUGGUAGCGACGCUCCAGAGCAAGCAGCUCGACCUUGAAGCGCUCGGGUGCUUGGAGCAAGGGCUCUUCCUCAAGCGACGCAUGCUCGGCGCCGAGCAUGACGAUGUGUGCAAGAUGUUCCAAGACGUCGUGCUCCUGUACAACAAGCACGCGAUGGAGCAGCUCGGCGCCGGCGCCCACGAGCUAUGCCUCGAACUCCUACGCAAGGCCGACGCGCUCACCAAGCCCGGCAAGUUUGCCUCGCCCGAGUCGCUACGCAUCUUGACGUACAACAACUUUGGCUGCUACUACCGGCGCCUCCACAAGCUCAAGACAGCCCUCAAGUUCCUCUCCGAAGCUGCGUCUCUUGGCGCGACGACGCCCAGCGUCCGCAACCUCUCGGUGACGCACUUGAAUUUGUGUGCGAUCCAGUCCCAGCUUGGCCGCCAUGACGUGGCGCUCGAGCAUGCGCAGUCGGCGAUCUUCCACGCGCAAGAGGAGCUCGUCACAAGCGAUGCGGGCAGCGACGUCCUCGACGCCCAGUCGCGGGAAGAGAAGAUUGUCGCGUUGGCCAUCGCAUAUCACAACUUGGCGGUCGAAUUGGAGUUCAAUGCACGGGGUGACGCGAGUCUCCAGUGGUAUAAGAAGGCGCUACAAAUGGUCUUCAAGUACAAGGACACCAACGGGAAUCUAUGGAAAACGUUUAAAGCCUCGUUCGAUGCAGCCAAGAAGAAACACGCUACCGCGACGUUGCCCGUCGAGAAUGCCAAGCAGGCCCCGCCGCGGUCUCAUCGCCGCCACGUCGCACCGGCCGCAGACGCAACGCAUUCGUACAAGCCGACGCAGCCCUCCAAAGCGACGCGACCGACAACGGCGUCGAGGAAGCGGCCGCCGCCCGAUACGGCAGGUCGACGCUGGCACGACCGCGCGCCGUCACCGCCCAAGCAACCGACGUUUGCUGCUUUUCUAAAAGCAAAGGGACCGACAGCAGAAGCGGCCUUCAAAGUCGCGCCGCCCGACCGUCAAUCCCCGCCACCCCCCUACAGCCGACGACCCACGAGUGCCCACAUUCAAGGGGCCUUCGCCCCAUGCCCAACUUCAGCCCUCCGCGUCCCAGCCCAGCAAACGACGAUCACUACGAAUCUCUUCGACUCGGACUCGGACGAAGAAAUUGUCGAAGUCUUUGAAGCAUCGUCGCCGGCCGUGCGCAUGGAGCGCGUCGAUGUCCGGCGACCACAAGCGCGGGCCACGCUCGCACACCAAACCGAGCUUUCCAACACCACGGGCCUUCCAGAGCGAGUGUCGCACAUUGAAUACCUCAAGCGCCUCCGGCAGUCGGUCGAGACGGGCACUGCCAAUAACGUCGACGCUCGGCCCCACGAGAUCGCCAAGCAACACCGCCUGCAGCUCGAAAUGCACCGAAUACACGACUCAGCUGCGCGCAAGCUACAAGCGCACUACCGCGGGUACCGCGUUCGCCGGCGCCUGCCGCGGGCUUGGGCUGCCUGGGGUGCACCGUCGCCGUCGCGGGUCGAACGCUACCGGCUACACUGCGUCCUCGUGAUCCAAUCCAUCGUGCGCAUGCAUCUUGUGCGGCGGUGGUUUGUCGCCUACCGCCGCCAGAUGCGCGAGGCGCAGAUGCGCGAGGCGCAGCAGCUGGAGGCGACGCGACGCGAACUUGCCAUUCGUGCCCAAGAACGCCGAUUACUUGACGAAGCCAAGCGGGAACUCGCGGCGCGCGAAGCCGAAACACGCGAUCUGCUUGCCCAUCAAGAAGCCGCGCGGGCCAAAGCGGAAGCGGCGUUGCGCGAUGCCGAGGCCAAGCAAGCUGCGGCCCAAGCCGAAGCCGCGGCCUUCAAGCAGCGACUGGCCCAGAUGGAAGCGCAAACAAAGCAGCUCCUUGCACUCAACGAUGUGGAGAAGGCACGAGCGCUACGGGCGCUUCAGGAAGCGGAGAAGGUGAAAGCACUCUUGGCACAGCGUGAAGCCAAGGCCAAGGCGCUCAUUGCAGAGGAGGAGAUGGCCAAGGCGGACGCGGCGCAGGCCAGCGCCACCGCGGCGCGGGUCGCUUGGGAAGCACAAUAUGCCGAAACACAGCGCUGGAUUGACGCCGAAAAAGCCAGCGCUGCUGCUGCUGUCGACACACCCGAGAUGCCUGCGUUGCCACUACCAGCCGCAUCGGUGGAUAGCUCUGAACUGCCGCGAGAGCCAAGUGUUGCCAAAGUCGCGUCCGCUCGAAGAGAGCACGCGCUUGAGUUUGCACAGCAGCUCGAGGUCCACAUCUCCCGAGAUGAUCUCUUGGCAGCCCAGCAACGCGAAGCCAAGCACUUGGCCGCCAGCGUCAUUCAAGGAGUCGUGAAAGGACGAUCCGUGCGUCGCAAACGAGUAUUGCCGCGGGCCAAGCAGCUCGCGGCCCAGCAGCGCGAAGCUCAGCACGUGGCCGCCAGUGUGCUUACAGCACUUUGCAAAGGCAUGGCCGUGCGCCAACGCGCGCUGCACGCGUACGCCCGACACCUCAGCACUCUCGUCAUUUCGCGCUGCCACACGCAACGCGAGCUGACGUCGGCGAUGCAGUUGGAGGACUACGCGUGCGCAGCCACAACGCUGCAGCGCGUCCUUCGAGGCUUCUGGUGUCGCCGCCACAUUGCAACCUCGCGCUACAUGUGGUCGUGCGCCGCGGCACGUAUUCAAGCCAUCGUGCGUGGCCGGCAGUGUCGUCUUCUCUGUACUGCGCUGCGUGCUGGCUACGACGGAGCGAGUCGCAAGAUCCAGCGACUCUUUCGCCGCCACCAGUCGCGCCGCCAGCACUCUGGCACGCGCUACAUUCACACCAUGGCAGCGCACGUCGUGCAGCAAGCGUGGCGACGCUAUCUGGCCAAGAUCGAGGCGAUGGAUGCAAUGUCGCGACGCAUCGAAGGCGGGGAGCGAAACAUGGCAUCGCGAUUGGCCCAGGCCGUCUCUGACGCGCUCUCGCAAUCCUACAAGCAGCAGCUCUCGUUGGUAGCUGCUGAUGCAGUCGACAUGGCAGCGCGCCUCGCCGAGGCAACAACCGUUGCCCUUGGUGCGACCGUGCGAGCGCAAACGGAGACUGUGCUGAGAGUCGAAAUGUCAAUGGCGGGGGAUCUAUCCAGUGGGGUCGUCGACUGGCUGCACCGGCGGCGACUCGACGACGCUGAACGCUCGACACUGCUGGAGGAAGACAUGGCGAGCCGCCUUGCCCAUGCGUUUCUCGAAAAGACGCAUGCCCGUGUAUAUGGCGAGUGGCACACGACGGCGUGCAUGUCGGAGCGACUCACGGACGCCUGCCUCGACCACCUGUACGCGCACGUCAUGACGUCGCGUACUGCGCUGCUGGCGGACGAAGCAGACAUGGCAUCUCGCCUCGCCACCGCCAGCGUUACCUGCCUCAUGGACCGGAUCACGCAGGCCCGGGACACGGCCAACGCUGCGAUACAAGAAAUCGCCGCGACGUCUAUUCAAGCUCGUGUGCGCGGCUGCCUGGUUCGCCAGCAGAUUGUGCUUCCCAAGCUACGCGAAGACGACGUCAACGUCCUUGUGCAAGCUGUGGUGACCGACCGUGCGGCGACAACUAUCCAAGCGCUCAGUCGCGGCGUCGCUGUGCGAAAGCAGCGGCUCGUAAACGCUCGCCAUGCGAUGGCCGAAACACUGCGCCACGUGGACGCGGCGGUACACCAACUGGCAGCGUCGGUGAUCCAAGCGCUUGGACGAGGGUACUUGGUGCGAAAGUUUCUGCCGACAUCGAUCAGCCGCUCGACAGUCGCCUGCAUCAACGACUGCCCACAAGCAGUGAUGACGGCUGAAGCAAACCAAGUCGCGCCAAUAAAUACCACUGUCGCCGCGUCGUGCGGUGACCUUCCUGCAGGCCCAAACGUCAUGGUGGCCGGCACUGCGCCAAACAGUGUAUCUGGUGAAGCAGCGACAAACGUCGACGCGAUUUCGGCCACUGGUUCCGUAUCGCAAGAUGAUGAAGACGAGAGAGAAGGCACGUUUGCUGCACCAAUCACAACGGUUGCGACGUUGGAUGCACGAAUAGCGACGCACAAUCUUCUGCCUCAACACAGCAUGGUGCUCGCCGCGGCUGCUCGAGGAAUCGGCACAGCGCUUUCUCGCCUCCACGACGCUUCCAAGGACGAACAUCUCCAAGUCGCUCUGGAGUGCCUAUCCACUACCAACGCAAACGUCGUCGACCAAUGUGUUGCUGACGCCCAGGCUGCGUGGUUGGCCUCGACGGCUGGACUUGGCUUACAUGCUGCGCUGCAAGUCCAAUUGGCCACGUUCUUUGAGAGCCAUGGCCGAGAUGGGGCCGAGGCGGUGAUCCAGUUGCUCGCCGCGGCAGCGGUCAACGCAGUACAGCGACAUGCCUCGCAAGAUAGCGCGGUCGUCUUGUGCUGCGCCGCUGAGACUGCCGUGCGCGCGUCGAUCGAGACAGCUCUCAGCACCCACGCAGCAGCAUAUUCGGUGCGUUCGAUUGCUGCCACAUCCAUUCAAGCCGUGGUUCGGGGCUGCGCGGUGCGUCGUCGUCGGCUGCAUCAGCAACUCAGUGUCAAAGGCUUUGUAACGCGGCACAUCGCGCGCGAGGUCGCCGCCAUUGAAGCGCUAGCGCUCGUCGCCUCGUCCGCCGACAAUAGUGUGCACCACAUCGCAGCCUCUGUGCUGCAGACCGCGUACCGAGAGUACGUCCGACGUCGAGCGGCCUCGCACACGUCGUCGAUUCUGAAGCAAACAAGUGGUGCGUCGCUCAACGCCCCGCGUCGCGAAAACGACGUUCACGCGAACGAUGCUCCACCGCUCAAGACGCCCGUGAGCGAGGCCAUAAUGCGGACACCACAGGAAGAGACGGAAGCGCGUUUGCCCAGUGCAGUGCCAACGAUCGCAUCCGACGAGCCGAGCUCCGCACCAUCACAUGUCGGCGAAACGAUGCCACCGGAUCUAUUUGAUGUCGAGUUUACGCCUCGGGACGAGCCACCGGGCAGCGACGACGACGACGCUGUUGUGCCACACAAAUCGACGACGACAAACAACCCAUUAAGCAGGGAACCGGACGUUGCAAUUUCUCACGAGCGCCGAGAUGACGUCGUCGGGUCGGACACCGCGUCGUCGCAUCUCUCGCUGCAGUACAGCCAAAGCUCGUUCACAUCUGACAUUCCCAUGUCCAAGUCAAGGUCCAACCACCCCAGCGCCGAGUCGUUGGCGUCCCAGAAGCACAUAUCGUCGUCGUCCAGCAUCCCCGCCUCUUUCGCGUCUUCCGAGGUGCCCUAUUCGUCGAGCCAGGCGUCAUUCGUGUCGGAUAUGCUCGAGGAGGACUUGACCUUGGCGCCCCCAAAGGUGCUCUUGGCGCAAUUGCCGUCGCUCCUGCGCACGGCGUACGACAAGACGCUCGCGGCCGCGGUGCCACGCUUGCGCGUCGAUCCAUAUGAAGUGCUCGGGCGCAACUUGCCGUUUGACGACUAUGUCGAGUCGCUCAGCACCGCGUACGACGACGUCGGCGUCCUGGCCGCCGCCGAUGCCCUCCGCGCCCUUACGCACGUGGACGCAGCGCUCAAGACGCAGGCAAAUUUUGAAUCGCUUGUCGCGGCCUUGAGUCGCAAAGCCGUCGACGACAUCGACGUCUGGACCGAGGACGUGGAAGCCGCUUGCAUGUGGCUGCUCCACGAGUACGUCGCCUCCUAAGUCUUCCAAAUGGACCCAUGGCGCUCCAAAGUGUUGAAAGC